AUGGCUGUGGGCAAGUGGAUCACGAAGCGCAGAGUGACUCAUCUUUGCUUCCUAGUGCCUGGCACCAAGAUUCUCUGGGGAAAAGCAGAGCAAGAGCAGGAGGAGAACCUGGAUUUACUGGAGUCCCCUGAGACACACACCAAAUUCCUGGAAAUAAUCAAGGACCUGGGGCAGCUUCUCACCCCUGAUCAGUUGACAGAUCUUAUACUGACGGUUACGGGGAGCCUGAAGGAAGCCAGUGAGAGCAGCAUUGAGGCAUCAAAAGCUGCCCUGACUUUAAUCCUGAACAAGUAUAAACACGGGCUGCAAGCAAAGGUGCCCACGCUUGUGUUUGGUUUCUACCAGCACCUCGGGAGCCUCCAGCGCUCCCGAGCUCGGCACGCUGUCCUGACCUGGCUGUUCCUGCUGGCUCACGCUUUCAUGGAGGAGGCCACCACGGCCCUCCUGAGCUUCCAGCUGCCCCUGGACAAGGAUGCUGCCGCGAUGUGGAGGGCUCUCAUCAAGGCCAGGGUGGUCCCUGACACCCAGCGCCUCAUGAACAUCCUGCUGCGGAGGCUGCGGGAGCAGCCCGGCACCGACGGGGAGAAAGCGUCCACAGCGCCCAUUGCCGAGUUCGUGCUGGCAGCCCCUUGUCACAGCCCCCCUCCCUAUGCCCUGCACCCCUACUGCCACCCUGUGUGGGCACAGUGGGUCCCCAUCACCUCCAGCAGGCCAAGGCCAAGCUGUGCGGUGGAGGCCGUCAAGACCCUUCUCCUGAAGAUGGGCUGCCACCAUGAGCUCGCCUUGGUGGAGAGGGAGGGCGGCUGGGACAUGCUCAUCACUCCCCAAAAUCACCACCGAGGGGUGAGCUUGCUUGCAAGAGCCAUGGUCCGCUACAAUUUCCGCGAGCUUUGCAGGAUCUUGUAUCAUCUGGUGCCAUUCUUUGAACAAGGGGACAAGCAGCUCAAAAUCACAGCGAUGGCCUUUUUUGUUGAGCUCCUCCACCUGCCCGAGGCGAAGCGGCUCCCGCAGAAGUACUCGGUCACUCGCCUCGCCGAGGGGCUCGCGGACUGCGACCCGGUGAUGCGGGUGCUCUGUGUCAGAGGCCUGAUAACCAUGGAAAAGUGGCGCAGAAAGGACAUCCACGGCCUGGUGCCAGCCAUGAUGAGCAGCCUUCAGGGACUGGACGGGAAGCUGGUGGUGGAAGCGCUUGCCAAUGUCGGGAAUAUCCUGCGUGGCCUGGACACAGCGGGUUGCGCCAGCUGCAUCACCAGGCCCCUCAGGCUCCUCUUCGACGACGAGAGGCCGAGCGUGCGCCUGGCUGCCGUGUCCCUCUUCGGAGCAACGCUCCGGAGGGUGAAGAGGAGGCAGCAGCUCGUCGAGAGCGAGGAGCUCCUGGACAGCUUCCUGCCGCUGCUGCUGCGCUCGCAGGAGGGCAAUCCCGACAUUGCCAAGAAAUGCGUGAGGGCCGUGCAGGAGUGUGCCCGGCUCCUGCGCUGGAGGCUGCCCAAGGAGGUUGGCUGCGAGCAGGCCUGGCACAGCCACCCGGAGAACGCGAGGAAAAUCUGCAAGGAUCUGAUGAUGAAACACGGAGAAAACGCACAGAGGUUCUUGUCGCAGAGCCAGCGCUACCUGCAGAGCCCUCAGCCGUCUCUGCAGAGGGCUGCAGCCCUGUUCGCAGAGCUCGCCAGGCUGUACAAGAACGAGGGCAACGAGUACUUCAGGGAGAAGGACUACGGCAAGGCCGUGCUCUCCUACACGGAAGGGCUGAAGAAGCCGUGCGAGGACCCGGAGCUGGAGGCUGUGCUGCGCACAAACCGCGCGGCCGCCCAUGCCCGCCUCGGUAACUACCGUUCUGCUCUGAACGACGCAAUCCAAGCAAGAAAGCUGAAGCCCACCCAUCUCAAAGCGAUCGUGAGAGGAGCUCUCUGUCACUUGGAGCUAAAGAAUUUCUCUGAAGCAAUAGCGUGGUGUGAGGAGGGCUUGCAGAUAGACCCAAAGGAGAAAAAGCUCCUGGAAGUGAGAGCUAAAGCAGACAAGUUGAAGCGAGUCGAGGAGCGGGAUGCAAGGAAGGCAAAGGUGAUGGAGAGGAAAGAACAGUGUCGAAAGGAAAGUUUGCUGGCAGCAAUAAAGGAAAGAAAUAUCAAGGUGGUUCUUGAGCCUUCAAACGAGGAAGAGGAGAUGUCAGACGGUCUGGCUGAGAUGUCCUUGGAUGGAUUCUGCUCUGGCAAUGCCAUGGAUGCCAAGGUGCACUUAGAUGCUGACGGCAGCCUCAACUGGCCUGUCCUCUUCCUGUACCCAGAGCACGAGCAAACAGACUUCGUUGCGGCUUUUCAUGAGAACACAAGAUUUAUUGAUCAUUUAAUGGUGAUGUUUGCUGAGUUACCACCUUGGGACGUAGAAAGGAAGUAUCUUCCCGGCAAUCUCGAGCUCUAUUUUGAAGAUGAAGAAAGAGCAGAAAUGUAUGAGGUGAACCCAGAACACACAUUGCUGCAAGUGUUGCAGCACCAGAGGUAUUUUGUAAAGGCUGGGACUCCAACAGUUUUGGCAUUUGUAAAGCGUUCUCCUUUCUCCAAGAAGUAUUUCUCCAGCAAGAAGGUGCAUCGGCUGUAACGAGCAAGAAGGAAACGAGGAAUUGUGUGGCAGAGACU